AUGUCUGCGCUCGAGAAAAGAUUCCCGGACAUCGUGUUCGAGCCGCUUGUGGCUCCUGCCCAGCAUCCCGUCUACAACUACGACGGAUUCAAUCCAUCUGUGCGCACCCUUGCCACAGGCUACACGAAAGAGCCCGGCUUCAGGGCGUUCGGCGUCAACACCAUCUUCGAGAGAGAUGUCUCUGUCCAGCUCCGUGAUGGAGUGAAAAUCUACACCGACAUCUUUCGUCCCGCUUCGUCCGACACCGAGAACGCCAAGGUCCCGGCAAUCAUCCCUUGGAGUCCAUAUGGCAAGAGCGGGAGAGGGCCCCAGACCUAUGACUCCAUGGGGCCCUACCGCUGCGGCAUCCCCAAGGAACGCACCUCGGGUUUUCACAAGUUCGAAGCGCCAGACCCGGCUGAGUGGGUGGAGAGAGGGUACGCCAUCGUCAACUCGGAUGCCCGUGGCGCCGGUGAUUCUGAAGGCGACAUCGUCUUCUGGGGCCAACAGGAAGCAGAAGACAUGUACGAUGUGGUUGAUUGGGUCUACAAACAGCCUUGGUGCAACGGCUCUGUCGCCUUUGCCGGCAAUUCGUGGCUUGCCAUCGCGCAAAUCAACUUUGCCUCACGACUAAGCCAUCCCGCUGUAAAAGCAUUUGCCCCAUGGGAAGCCAUGACCGAUGUGUACAGACAGCAAGCCGUGCGUGGAGGAGUCCCCCGGGUGGCUUUCGCCGAAACAGUGAUACUCAAGGGGUUUGCUGGCAAUGGCCGAGUUGAGAACAUGCCCGGAAUGUACUACAAAAGGCCGCACUAUGACGAGUACUGGGAAGACAAGACGGUCAAAGUGGAAAACAUCAAAGGCGACGUGCCACUGUAUCUUACCGCUUCUUAUUCGACCGGCAUCCACUCAGAAGGAUCUUUUCAUACGUUUAUGAAAGCCCAGACGAAGCAGAAAUGGCUUCGAGUGCACGGAUACCAAGAGUGGUUCGACAUCUACCGCCCAGAAGUCAACGAUGAACUCCAACAUUUCUUCGACCGGUACUGCAAGGGUAUCGAAAACGGCUGGGAGAAGACGCCAAGCUUCCGCAUUUCCCUUCUGGGCUUCACGGGCAGCCCCGCAAAGACCAUCUUCGAAAGGCCAGAAGCAGCGUGGCCGAUCGCCCGCGCCAAAGAGACCAGAUAUUACCUGGACGUUUCCCAGAAGACCCUCACCAGCUCGGCACCUCAAGCCGAAGCCUCGGCCUCUUACGAGGCCCACAGCUUGACCGACACGCUCGACUUCACCCUCACCUUUGCCAAACACACGGAGCUCGCGGGCUACCCCGUCGUCAAGCUCUGGAUGUCCUGCGCCGCCAAGUCGGACAUGGACGUGAACGUGCAGAUCCGCAAAACCGGCCGCGACGGGCGCCCGCUCGCGCACCUCAACUACCCGUGCCCGGUCGACGAGGCGGACGUGCCCGACACCAACGUGGCCAAGUUCCUCGGCCCGGGCGGCAUGCUGCGCGCCAGCCACGCCUGCACCAAGGAGUACCGCGACGGCCGCCCCUUCUACACGUCGCUCCGGAGCGAGCCCGUGCCCGCGGGCGCCGUCGUGCCGCUCGAGAUCCCCGUGUGGCCGAUCGGCAUGGUGUUUGAGGAAGGCGAGGGCGUGAUGCUGAGGGUUGCCGGCCAUGAUUUGAGGUUGCCCGAGGUGGAGAUGCUGAGGCUGAAGGAGCCGGUUGAUGAGAAUGUUGGUGAGCAUGUUGUGCAUGCGGGGGGCAGGUAUGAUAGUUAUCUUGUGCUGCCCGUCAUCGAGUAG